AUGGCGGGUGUGGCGGAGCAAGCUAUCGCGGCGGAGGAUCAGUUCGCCCGCUGCGAGAAGGCGGCGGCGGUGGAAUGCCAGGACGAGGUGGAGGCGAAGCUCUCCCACUUGCUUUCCAAAUUGAACCCGUCCGCCAAGGAGUUUUUCCCUUCGAAUUAUGCUUCCGUCGGCUGUCAGAAACCCGACGAUCGGCUUUCCCCCGGUGCGCCCGUUUUUGUGGCGGCGAGUGCUUUUCAUGGAUAUGGACCAGCUAGCAGUGGCGGCAGCAGUAGGGAUUCCAGUAGUGAUUGUUCGGCGUAUAAUCAGCCUAAUCGCCGAAGGAGGAAUGGCUAUGAUCAGCGCCGAUGGAGGACGAAUGAUAGAUCUAGAAGAGCUGAGAGGGAAGAUAGCAUUAGUCGAAUUGUUUAUGUAUCAGACAUUGAUUAUCAAUAUUUCUGUCCAGAACAGGAUAAAUCUGAAUGGCAGAAGGUAAAUGUGGACCCUGAGCUGUUAAGCACUUUGAACUGCACCUUCAAUAUUGAAGAUGAUUAA